AAGUUGAUUCUUCAAAGGUCGCCAUUUCCGCGUUCAGCAUGUUUUUUCUUGCUAUUUUUCACAGAAAUAACAACACCGCUUCGAUUUGAUUUUUAUCAUAAAUAGUUGUAAUUUGCUGCAAAUGUUGUGAUUCAUUUCGUUGAUGUUUUAGUCUCUCGAAUAAUUCAUCAUUUCUCAUUGAAAAAAGUGCGUUUUGCAAGCUAAAUAUUCGAUUCGCGACAUAAUUUUCUCAUUUCUGUUGUACACAAACGGUGUAAAUGUGCUCUGAUAAAACCAUGAAAAUAAGCGAUGCGUCUUCGAGUUGGACAGUUUCUAUCUACAAAAAUGAUAUUUACGAACAUUUAAAAAUACUAGAGCAACAAAGAUUGCCAUAUCAACGUCGAUCUCCUCAGUUACAAUAUCGUUGCGGUUUAGUUAUUUAUUUGAAAGAAUUGAUUGAUAAAGUAUCCUUCUGCAGAGUUACAUUACAUUUAGCUGUAUUUCUUUUGGAUUUUUUCAUGGAUUCUCAUUCUGUGAAACCUGAAAAAUUAACGCUCAUUGCGUUCACUUGUUUGGUAUUAGCCGGAAAAUUCGAAGAACAUGAAAGGAAAGUACCUACAAUCUGCGAUAUGAACGAAUACUUGAAUUCUGAUUACAUUCAGAAGGAUAUAAUAUACUUGGAACAUAAGAUUUUGAAGUAUUUCAAUUGGAAAUUGAACAUGCCGACUGCUGUGCAUUUUGCCGAAUAUUUCCUUAAUUUCGCCUUGAUUCCUAAUGAUUUUUUAUGCAAGAACUGCUCAAGAUUUAAUCACUACAACAUCAUGAAACAUUGCUUAGAUUCUUUUGUUGAUCGAUCUUUAGAAGAUGAUUUAUUGAUUAGUUAUCCACCAUCGUUUGUGGCUGCGAGUUGUUUGUUGGCGGUAAGAAUUACCAUGAACUUAGAUCCCGUAUGGCCCGAUCAACUGGAAGAAGUUACUACAUACUCGGAAUCCGAUUUGAAAAUUUGUUCUGCCAGAAUCCUCGGCUGUAGGGAGGAAUGCCAAAAAAAGAGGAAGAGAAAACUCGAGCUGUCUCCAGAUCAAGGGUAUGAAACUGAAAAAGGAUGUUGUGUUACCCCGAAGGCUAAGAAAGAGUAAAACCUUCGCUUUAGCUGUGAAUAAUUUAGUUAAUUUUACGAUUAUUUAUAUUUUUGUACAAAGAAUGUUUUAGUACAUUUUUACUUAUUUAUUUAUUAUCUAGGUAUAGGCAUUAUUUCCGCUAGGAUAUUUUUUGGCGUCACGUUGAGGAACGUUUUGUUUUUGUUUUCCUAUUUUCUUGUGAAGAAAUUAAAUUUUUGAAUGUUGA